GGCAGAGAGAAUAAAAGAGGAAGAAAGAGGAGGAGCCAGCAGAGGGUUGAGGUGAGAUAGCCAGGCUUCCUGGGCUGAACUGUGUGGGGCUUUUUCUGCCUUUUCCAUUUCAGCAAACGAUGGACUAGAGCUUCAGGGAAGUCGGCUCUCUUUGAAAAGUGUCAGGCAACGUUGUAAGAUGAGUGACGGAAGCAGCAGCACCUCCUCCUCCCAGCUGGUGGAAGACUUUGAGGGAGAGCUGGAUGAAGAAGUGGACAGCGAAGAAGAGAAGAACCAGGAGGGACGGGAGAGCCCCAUCCCCAGCCUGUCGAGCUUCGCCUCUCUGCGUGCGGUUGUACGCAUCAAACAGAAGUACCAUGCCAUGAAGAAGCGCCGUCAGGAGAUGGCCCUCCGGCUGGGAGCCCAAGGGGGCCUCACAGGGGCUCCUGGGCGCACCAGCCCCAAAAUCUUCACCUUUGACGGACUCACCCCCACCAGCUUCUCGUCCUUUCCGUCUGUCCCUCAGAAGAAGAAGAGGAGGAGAAAGAGACGAGUGAUGUUUCCCAAUGAUGGGCCACGCAAAACAGUCCCUAAGCAGGAGCGCAGCCGGGCUACUUACUGCCUGUACCUGCUCUUUGCCAUAGUCUUUGUCCAGGUGUACAACGCCAUAGAGAACCUGGAUGACCACGUUCUCCGAUACGAUCUAGAAGGCUUGGAGAAGACUCUGCGGCGGGAGGUUUUUGGGCAGCAGGGGGCGGUAGAGGGUCUAUUGUCCCACCUGAAAGACUACUUAUCCACAUAUGUUCACAACAAGCCCUUGGUGGUGUCCGUCCAUGGGCCCAGCGGUGUAGGGAAGAGCCACCUGGGGCGCCUCCUGGCUGGACACUUCCGCUCGGUCGUGGGGGACACCUUGGUGCUGCAGUACUACGUGCUUCACCACUGCCCCCAGGAGGCCGACGCCAUGCAGUGCGCUCGCAACCUCUCCGCUCUCAUCUCGGAGAUGGUGGAGAGGGCCGAGGAGGAGGAGAAGAUCCCGCUCUUCAUCUUUGAUGAGGCUGAGCACAUGCACGUGGAGAUCUUGGAUGUGCUGUUGCGGCUCGUCGCCUCCAAACAGUCCAACGAAUACCUGAACGCCAUCUACCUGUUCCUAAGCAACCUGGGCGAUGCACACAUUACCAAACACAUGCUACAGAACUCCUCAAGUGUUUCUAUGGGGAUGACAGCCUCCGUUCGCCAUAGCAACCUAGUCAAAGAACUGACUCCCAUUUUACGCAACAAGCUGGAGAAGCAUCACCCACUGUGGACUGAGGCUGACAUCUUGCCUCUUGGGCUUUUGGAGAAAGAUCACGUGAUGGAGUGCUUUUUGGAAGAGAUAACUCGUGAGGGCUUCUACCCAGAUCACAGCAACAUUGAGCGCCUCGCAGGCGAGAUUGAAUACUACCCUGUAGUUGGAGGGCGUGAAUAUUCCCAGACAGGCUGCAAGCAAGUGGUGGCAAAGGUCAAUAUGCUGUGAAACACUCUGCAGGAAUCCUUUGGAUCCUUUUUACAUUCCUUUUAUCCAUGAAGAAUAAAGGCGUGAGAAAGAGGAAAUAUGAAACUUGAAAAAAAAAAAAAAAAAAAAAACAGAACUCAAAGCCAAAGUUGUCAGGAGAACCAGAGCUGGAUAUUUACCAGACAGAUGAGAGUUUAGGAGUCGGACUCUGCUGUGGGAAAGAAAUCUUGUGAAAAUCUUUGAAAAUGUCCUAAACACUCCUUAAAGGGUUGGUCCACCCAAAUUACAUGACAAUAGCUUUUUUUUUUUUUUACUCACCACUGUUAGCAUCCCUUUCCAUUGAGUACAUUUUAUCAGUUUCCCAGGAUAGGGCCAAUUCCAAAAUACCAUAAUGGGUAUUCACAACGAUUAGUGAUAAGCUAGCAUGAAAUUCUCAUGAGAUGAUUGAAUAAAGCCACCUUGGGUUGAUGACAUCACGGCAUUUACAUAGAAAUGUACAGCAUGACCUAGUUACUUCUACUAAAUCCAGAAACGGAACAAUUUAUCCUGUUGCAGCUUAAAUAUUGAUACCAUAU